AUGGAUUUCAAUCAAAAUUGUGAUAAAGUUUCUUCUUCAGUAACAACUGAUAGUUUUAAUAAUUUAAUCAAUUCAACCACGGUUGAUUCCGGUUCUAAUGAAAAUUUUCAUCAUCAUCAUCAUCUUAACCAUCAUUCAAGGAAACAAUCUACUUCAUCAUCAUCUUCAAAAUCAACAUUAAUAAAUCAAACACCAUUGGAUUUCAUUCAAACAAAACCAACUUCUCCAACACCAGGAUCAUCAUCAUCAUCAUCGACUUCUAUGACUACUGAACAACAAGAACAACAAGAACAACAAGAAGAUGUAUCUGUUGUUACUCCAUUUUUAAUGAAACAUAUAAGUGAUCAAAAUUUGAUUCCUAAAGAUAAUUUUCAUAAAUAUUGUUAUCGUCAUAAUCCAGAAGUUACAUGUAAUAAACAAACAGAUGAAGUACGAAUGAAACUUAUACAAGAAAAAUUGGAAUUACUUCCCAAUAGAGAUCAAGAAGCUAUUUCACAUGUAUGGUCAAUUUUCAGUGCUGCACCUGUACAUCAUCGACAAUUAAUAUUACAAGGAUUAUUAAGUCAAUGCUGUUUCCCACAAUUAUCAUUUAUUUCUCAAGAAGUUAGUCAAUUAAUUAAAAUUGAUUUUAUAUCUACAUUGCCUCAAGAAAUAGCUCUUAAAAUUUUAUGUUAUUUGGAUUGCAGAAGUUUAUGUAAUGCUGCUCAAGUUAGUAGGAAAUGGAAAUUAUUGGCAGAUGAUGAUAGAGUAUGGCAUCAUAUGUGUCAACAACAUAUUGAUAGAAAAUGUCCUAAUUGUGGAUGGGGAUUACCAUUGAUGCAUAUGAAAAGAGCAAGAGAAAUGUCAACUACCGAAGAAGGAAAUAUUCAACCUAAUUCACAAGGCAAUGAUGCAACACCAACAACAUCAACAACAACUGCAAGUGGUGUAACUGAAGGUGAACCAGAAAGGAAAAAAUUGAAAACUGCACCAGAAGUUAAUCGUACUAAAACAAUUGUUGCUAAGAAAAGACCGUGGAAAUCUGUUUAUUCAGAAAGAUAUAAGUUGGAAAAAAAUUGGAGAAAAGGAUUAUUUACAGUUAAAACAUUUACUGGUCAUAGUGAUGGAGUUACAUGUUUACAAUUUAAUAGAAAAUAUUUAAUGACUGGUUCAUAUGAUACAACUAUUAAAAUAUGGAAAAUUGAUACCGGUGAAUGUAUUAAAACAUUAACUGGUCAUACUAAAGGGGUACGAUCAUUAGUAUUUGAUAAUCAAAAAUUAAUCACUGGUGGGUUAGAUGCUACAAUUAAAGUAUGGAAUUAUCAUACUGGUGAAUGUAUUGCUACUUAUAGAGGACACGAUGAUGCCAUUGUAUCUGUUGAUUUUACCAAUAAAUCUAUUGUUUCAGGGUCAGCAGAUCAUACUGUGCGUGUUUGGCAUGUUGAUUCAAGAACUUGUUAUACUUUAAGAGGACAUACAGAUUGGGUUAAUUGUGUUAAAAUUCAUCUGCCUUCAAAUACAGUUUUCAGUGCUAGUGAUGAUACCACUAUUAGAAUGUGGGAUUUAACUACCAAUCAAUGUCUUAAAGUGUUUGGAGGUAUGGAAAAUAAUGGACAUAUUGGUCAAGUUCAAUGUGUUAUUCCAUUUACUUAUAAAGAAGAAUUGAUUGAAGAUGAAAGUGAAAGUGAAUCAGAAAGUUCAAAACCAUCAACAACUUUAAGUGAAUCAAUUCCAAGGCUUACGCCACAACCAGACCUGUCUUCAUCAUCAUCAUCACAAAUUGCAACGAUGACUACUACCAGUAAUACAAAUUGUUUAUAUCCUACACAUUUAUUGACAUCAUCAUUAGAUAAUACAAUUAAAUUAUGGGAUGUUAAAACUGGGAAAUGUAUUCGCACACAAUUUGGACAUAUUGAAGGAGUGUGGUCAAUUGCAGCUGAUACAUUUAGAAUUAUUAGUGGAGCUCAUGAUAGAUUAAUUAAAGUAUGGGAUUUACAAAAUGGGAAAUGUUUACAUACAUUUAGUAAUAAUUCAUCAGUUUCUUGUGUUGGAUUAAGUGAUUCAAAAUUUGUUGCUGGUUUGGAAAAUGGUGAAGUUAAAAUGUAUAGCUUUGAAUAA